AUGUCCAAAAAGCUCAUUGUUGUUGUUGGUGCGACAGGCAACCAGGGCGGUUCCGUUGCUCGCCGCUUCCUUGCAGCGGGCUACCGCGUCCGCGGCCUCACGCGCAAUGUUUCUUCUCCCGCUGCGACCGCGCUGAAAUCAACAGGGGUGGAGAUCGUGCAGGCAGACCUCGACGACCCCCAAUCUUUGAAGGAAGCGUUCCGUGGUGCGAACGCGAUCUUCAGUGUAACCAAUUACUGGGAGCCCUUUUUCCGCCCUGAUUGCCGCGCUGAGGCUGAAGAUAUGGGCAUCUCGUGCCGCGAAUUUGCUUACGAUGUCGAAUUCCUCCAGGGCAAAAAUAUCGCAGAUGCUGCAGCCACAACGGCGGAUACCCUUGACGAAAACGGUUUCUUAGCCUCCACACUCAGCCACGCCGACAAGUGCAGCGACGGGAAGUUCGAGGAGUUAUACCAUUUCGAUGCAAAGGCCGACAUCUUCCCGACGUAUGUGAACAAGAAGUACCCUGCGUUGGCGGCGAAGAUGUCGUGCAUUCAUACGGGCUACUUCUACACAAGCUACAACAUCCUGCCUAAUUCAUAUUUCAAAAAGGCGAGUCAUUCCUCUCGUAACCAUUGA